CUGGAGAGCAGUUUCUGAACAGACUGAGAGAGAGAACGCCGAGUGUAACCUUCCCCUCCCACUGCAGUUUCAUGUGACUACCCCAGCUCUGGCGGUAUCAGUGUUCCCAUCGCCCCUGAUACAUUGUAACGGCGAGUGUGUUUACUGGGGGAGAUGGUGGCGGUAAACAGUGCGGGCUCCGCUAAGGUGCUGCUGAUCCCCGGGGGAGGGAAGCAAAGUGGCCUGGAGAUCAGCCGCCACAUCUCGGUGGUGUACCCGCCCAGGAGCGGCUCGCACCACGACCCGUCCCCGGCUCAGCCGGCGGCUGGUCACGUCCAUAGGAAAAGGCAGCGGCUUACUCACCUCAGCCCCGAGGAGAAAGCAUUGAGGAGGAAACUAAAGAAUAGGGUGGCGGCUCAGACAGCCCGAGACAGGAAGAAAGCCCGCAUGUCCGAACUGGAAGAGCAAGUGUUGGAGAUGGAAUCCGAGAAUCAGAAACUGCAAAUAGAGAACCGGCUUCUACACGAAAAGACACACAGCCUCCUCUCCGAGAACCGGAUUCUCCGGCAGAAACUAGGCAUGGAAGUUCUGGAUACAGAGAAAGAGAAGGUACUUCUCCAGGCCAGAGUGGAUGAAAUCAGCCUGGCGGCUGGGUCAGCUGAGUCCGCAGCACUCAGACUAAGUGUGCCUCUGCAGCAGGUGCAGGCCCAGAUGUCUGCCAGUCUGACAGCUUCCACAUGGAUACUGACAGCAAUAACUCUUCAGACUCUGAGUCUGAUCUCUUCCUGGGCUUUCUGGACUACUUUGACCCAGAAGCCUUGCUCCGAUUCAGUGAAGAAGAGUCUCGAUCUCUUGCGAACCUGGGAGAGUGUGCCUACAAUGAAGGUAGUGGUGCCCUACCUGGCUCCUACUCUAGUGCUCUGGGGGCCCCAUCAACAAAGCUGGAAGCCAUUAAUGAACUGAUCCACUUUGACCACUUCUAUCACAAGCCUCUUGCUGAAGCCAACUUGGUACAGAGAAGUGAUACUGCCAUCAAAAUUGAGCAAGCAUCUUUCAGUGAC